CCUUGACACGGGGGCAAUCAUACGAUGAUACGAUACAAGUUCAUGUACUAGCUGUGGCAUAACUUUCAUCGAAUAUGUGUCGAAAUAGGAACAAGAUGAAGUGAAAAUUGACUGAAACACAUUCCCAAUACAGAUGAUUAUCUUUUCAUGAUGGCAUGGGUGGUAGUUGGCGAUUGUGAGGAAACAUGAUUGACCAACGUCGACAAAGGUCAUCUGAUCAUAGCCUUAGCUCCUUUCUGUGCUUUGACAGGGACUCUCCUCCCUGCUCCACAUCAUCACCCAGCAUCAUCAGCCAUGAGUUCGUCCAAGCUGACUGAUUUACUUUGUAAGGGCCAACAUGAUAUUGAUCCAAACGAGAAUCACAAAGCUUUGACAGAAAAUACAGACAACAGCAGUCGGAAGGGGUUAGCAUCGUUUAUGGUAUCCGUUACGGUGAUGCGAAGACGUAGGACCUCUCCGCAAGUUCUACUUAAAGCUAGCAUUACAACAGUUUUGGUGGUGACUGUAGGGUUCAUUAUACUGUAUACCAUUUUACUGAAGUAUUUCUCCAACACUGUGCCUUAUGUGCCUGAGGAGUGGGAACGGGUACGAAGUCAGUACCACGCCCAUCACAGGCCAAAGCUCAUACCCAGGCCCAUGGACCUAGACCCAAACAACUAUGUGACUUCAAAAAUACAAAAUAAACCUCCAAAAUGGAAUAUAUCAAAUUAUGAUUUUAAUAAUAAUUUAGGAAAUACCAAGUUAUGUAGACAAAAAUAUCAGUUUCUAGUUCUCAUAGUGUCGACCAGAACAGAGUUUGAUCGUAGAAUUGCUAUCAGGAAUUCGUGGUGCCAGCCUCAGAGGCACAACCUGCCUCCUGAUGCCUGGGGAUGUGUCUUUCUCUUAGGGGUUGGUUCACAGCAGGAAUCCAAUAGUGAUACAGUGGAUCGACAAAUAGAUCUGGAAAUAAAAACUUACAAUGAUGUACUCAAAGGCAGCUAUAUAGACUCCUACAGGAAUCUCACCUAUAAGGUUUUACAUGGACUUCACUGGGCCAGCCAGUCAUGUCCAACAGAAUUUGUGCUGAAAACAGAUGAUGAUUGUUUUGUCAAUACUCACCUGUUACAUAUACUCAUAUUGCACCAUAGAGAUGCGAAUGACUUGUACAUAGGUAGUGUGUCCAAUAAACCGCACGAGGUGCUGCGGGACCCUAACAGUGUGUGGUAUGUGCCCGAGGAGUGGUACGGGGAAGAGUUCUACCCUAGGUAUGCCAGCGGGGCUGGCUAUCUUCUGUCCUCGGACGUCGUGACAAGACUUAUAGACGUGAGCAGGUAUAGAACACCCAUUCCUAACGAGGAUGCCUUCAUAGGAAUCCUCGCACAAGACAUUGAAGUGAAACCUUUACUGAGUGGCCGCUUUACAAUGAUGAGCCUGGGCUGGACCCUGUGUAAUUACUUGUACCUAGUGGUCAUCCACAAGGUGCUGCCCGACCAACAGGAGAGGAUGUUCAACAACACCAUCGCAGCCAGGACCAGUCACCUGUGUUCACCAGCUCCUAACGAGCAGAGACUCACCUGGAACUAGGGCAGACACUGGCAUGGUUACGUAUGCAGACUUGAUGUUGCCAUAAUUACUGUAUGGAAAUUUUAAGUUGACUGGAAACUAUGCAGCUUCAGAAGUCUGUAAAGUGUGUACAUAUUUAAAGUGUGACCUCAUGGGUGACCUUCACCUGUAGUUGAACUUAAUUAGUCGAAGAAUGACCACCCCGAAGGAUUGAACUGGACAGUCAACAGUUUAGCUGAUCACGUUUGGAGUGAAGAGUCAGGAACUUAAAUAUCCAGCUGUUCAUCAUGAUCAUGACCAGACCACAGGGUUGGAUUGGCGUUGAUACCAUUCAGUGACAUUUACUGCAUACAUGUGAAAGUGAUGUUAUUUGUAAGUGGUUUUUACACUUACGAUACUUUACUAUUUGAACUUUAGGUUAGAAACUAAACAGUGCUAAUUUUUCUCGUUUUUUUUCUCUCUCUCCAGAAUUGAAUUUUAUAUUUUGUUUUAUACAGUAAGUUGUUGUGUUUUAGUAUUAGUUUGACCUAAUCCAGACUUGUUUACACAGAAUUUUAACUCUUACUGUUGCAUAAUUAAGAAGAGAUUGUGACUCUGAAGAAUAGUUUUUAUUUCCAUUUUUUUUUGUUGAAAAAAUUAUACCUUGUGUUGCUUGUUAAAAUUUGUUUGUGACUUUUUAAUAACAGGAGAUAAACAGUACAACAAAGUGUGGGGUACCGAUUACCUGUGAAAAUUAUAUGUUCACACGUUUUAAUAUAUACCUCUAUUUAAAUAUCAGAUCACAGAGAAUGAGAUUGCAUCAAACAGCUUAAUAUGCAUGCACAUUAUACAUGAGGUAAGGGUAUUCAUUCUGCUUGAAUUAGUUUUUGCAUAAUAUCACUGCAAUCUCUCCCAAUACAUUCUUCAGGUCUUAGAUUGUAUGAAAUACAACAUUUGCAUUUAUACAUACAAAUGUACAUGUACAUACAUUAAUUUAUGUUUGACAUCUGGGCUUUUCCCCUUUUAGGGUAUAGUGUUUUCAUGAUUUGAAUCAUGAUCGACUUUGAUUGUUAAAGCGACUUACAAAUGGAUCAAGUCCUCAGAUCGUUUUAGUAGACAUUUUUGGCUGUUCUUUUUUUGUAGUGAGAAUAUUCUUGUCAUCUAAUUUUUGUCUCUAAUCUCCUAGUGCUACCCAUGGAUUCUUAUUUUAAAAUUCAUUUAAAUUGAAUGUCUUGUGAAUGUAUGAGAUGAAAAUACACACGCAGUGUUAAAAUGUUAGAUGUAUGUAUGAGAUGAAAAGAUAGUUUGUGUUCAGAACUAUAAACAAUGCAUCACACAUAUGUACAUUAUUAUUUUCCUGGUACCAGCUGGUGUAGUAUACAGUACCUGUCUGUGAAGUGCCUACAUAUGCUAUCACAUCAUUAGUGUGUGUCACGUACAUAUACGGUAAUGUAGAUGUAACAGAGACAGCUAUAACACACCUGACUAGAAUCAAUGUAUCAAAGUGAAACAUGUGGAAAUUCAAACCUGUUUUAUCCAAAUCAAAUGAAGAUAGUUUGUCCAUUUACCUCCCUUUUUAAUUACCUAAGGCUACAUUCGCGUAUACCGGUUGAAACGGUACGUGUGACGCAGAAAUUUUCCACGAUAAACGAACGCUCUUGG